AUGGAUAUUGGCAACAACAAGAUAAAUGGUACAUUCCCCUAUUGGUUAAAUACUCUGUCAGAAUUACACGUUCUUGUUUUACGAUCAAACAAAUUGCAUGGUGUCUUACAAAGUUCCAAGACCAUCCAUUCCUUUCCUAAGUUACAGAUUCUUGACCUCGCUAACAAUGAAUUCACUGAUCCUUUGCCCAAAGAUAUAAUAAAAAACAUGAAGGCCAUGAUGAAUCUUGAUGAACAACAAAGUUCUUUGCAAUAUAUGUAUCAAAGGUAUUAUCCUUAUUAUGUUAAUUUGGCUGUGAAAGGAAUUUACGUUGAACUGCCUUAUAUUUUGUCAACAUUCACAUGCAUUGACCUUUCAAAUAAUAACUUUCAUGGAAAGAUUCCAAGGGUUAUUGGAAAGCUUAGCUCACUUAUAGGGCUCAACCUUUCUCAUAACAGCCUUGGUGGUCAUAUCCCUACAUCAAUGGGAAAUUUGACCAGUAUGGAAUGGUUAGACCUCUCUUCAAACAAGCUCACGGGGCAGAUUCCUAAUGAAUUGAAAGAUAUGACAUUUCUUGCCUUUUUAAAUCUUUCGCAUAACCAACUCACAGGACCAACUCCUCAAGGCAAACAAUUUAGUACAUUUGAAAAUAGCUCAUAUGAAGGAAACUUGGCACUUUGCGACUUUCCAUUGUCAAAACCUUGCUACAAUGAUGGGAGGAAACGAUCAUCUCCAUCAUUCUUGAAAGAGGUAAAUGACUCAGAGACCAAGAUUAGUUUCAGUUGA